AUGUCUCAUACGUGGUUUUGGAGUCUCAUUCAGAAUGAUUUCAAGAAUGGGAAUAUUGAUUUAGAUGGUUGCGUUAGGCUUCUUGAAAAAAUGCAAAUAAAUUUUGAUGAAUAUCAUUUAAAACAUAUUUUCAAGAAAACCAUUGACAAACACUCAGGAGAUAUAAUUAGCAUGGACGACUUCAGAGCAAUUUAUCGAGCUCUUGUACACAGACCUGAAUUUGAAGAACUAUUCAAGGCUUACUCAAUAGAUGGCAACAUUCUACCUGAUGGCCAGCUCCUGAAAUUUCUUGCAAAAGAACAAUUUCAAACUGAAGCUAAUGAAACAACUGUCUUAGAAAUUAUUCUGAAGUAUGAACCCAUUGAUGAAGUGAGGAAGAGAAGGCAGAUGUCAUUUGAAGGAUUUAUAAGGUACAUGAACUCAGAGGAAUGUUCAAUAUUUAAAAGCCAGCACAGGAGCGUCUAUCAAGACAUGACCCAGCCCUUGUGUGACUAUUUUAUUUCAUCUUCUCACAACACCUACUUGAUAGCUGACCAACUAAUGGGACCCAGUCAUUUAUGGGGAUAUACCAGUGCUCUCUUGAAAGGAUGUCGUUGCCUGGAGAUUGACUGCUGGGAUGGCCACAACAAUGAACCUAUUGUGUAUCAUGGUCACACUUUAACGAGCAAAAUCCCGUUUCGUUCUGUAAUUCAUGUGAUUGAGAAGUAUGCAUUUAUGUCAUCUCCCUAUCCACUUGUACUGUCUUUGGAGAACCACUGCAGCCCUAAACAGCAGGAAGUGAUGGCAUUCUGCUUGAAAAGUAUUCUAGGUGACAAACUUCUUUCUUCACCACUUAAUGGUGAGGUAGAUAUGAGACGACUGCCUUCUCCUGAGGCAUUAAAAUUCAAAGUUCUGAUAAAAAAUAAGAAAGUUGGAACACUUGAGCAAAGCAUGCUCAGGAUGGAGGAGGAGUAUGGUGGUGAGGCAGAGGAAGUGUCUGACUCUGACGUUCCCUCUGAUGAUGAUGACGCAGAAGUUCUGUCUCCUGGAGGACCCAGGAGUCCUUCCAAAAGAAAAGGAGAUCGUAGAUCUUCACCUCCACCUCAAAAAAAAAGCAAGGUGCAGAAGACAAAGAUUGCCCUUGCAUUGUCAGACCUUGUGGUUUAUACAAAAUCUCAGAAGUUUGUGGGCUUUGAACAUUCCAUACAGUUUCAGAAGUGCUGGGAAAAUAAUUCCAUUGGAGAGUCUCGAGCACGAAAACUUGCAAGAGUUUCAGCUAGCCAGUUUAUUGCACAUACUACAAGAUUUAUUACAAGAAUUUACCCCAAGGGAUCAAGAAUGAAAUCUUCAAAUUAUAAUCCUCAAGAGUUCUGGAACGUAGGGUGUCAAAUGGUGGCCCUAAACUUCCAAACACCAGGCCCAUACAUGGAAUUGCAAGAUGGAAAAUUCCUGGACAAUGGUGGUUGUGGCUAUGUGCUGAAACCUGCAUUCCUGAGGGAUCUCAAUACCACAUUCACACCCCGAAAUGUGGGAACACACAGCAAACCAAUGUCUCUGUCAAUAAGGCUGAUCAGUGGCCAUCAGUUACCACCCAGUGCCAUGUCAAAGACCAACAAAGCUGACCCCACGGUGCAGAUAGAAAUCUAUGGUGUGCCAGAGGAUCAAGCCAAGAAGAGAUCUAGUGUUAUAAAAAGCAAUGCUUUGUGCCCUAGAUGGAAUGAAACCUUCUCUUUCAACAUCCAAGUUCCAGAGCUGGCAAUGAUACGCUUCUGUGUGGAGGAUGAGGUGUCUCUGGUCAACAAGGACUUCCUUGGCCAGUACACUUUACCUGUGAUGAGCCUGAAUACAGGUUAUCGUAACAUUCCGCUGCUAUCCAAAGAUGGAACCAAGCUGGAAUCUGCAUCGCUGUUUGCUCAUGUUUGGUUCUAUUAGUGAUGUUCUGCAGAAGAAAUUAUUCUGGGGGAUUGUCCCCUGCUUCAAUAAAGUAGCAUUUCGGGCUUUCCAAGAGCCCAGGGGCCUGAUUUCUAGACUGGCACAUUCUCAAUGAUUUUGUGAAGCCAGUGGGGCUGUUAGGAAAGGGAUGUCCUGGACAAGGCCCUGCUGCUAUUUUUCUGUAGGGGAAGACUGAGUUUGAGAAAAUCUAAGGAGCUUUGAAAUGCACGAGUGUUGGAAAAUCCCAGCUCUAUAGAGAUGGGGUAACUGAAAGGUGUUUUAAAAGAUUUUUUUUCCAUUAUCAGUCUUGUAGAAGGUUGAGACAUAAGAGAUGUAAAACAACACCAUUCCAUCAGAAGCCACUCUAUUUCUUGGUUACAAUACCUUAUAAAUGUUUUUCAGCCUAUUAGCUUUUGCCACACAAUGCUGCUAAUACUUCUAACCCAAAUUAUCUCUUUUUUUAUCCUACAUGGCCUUGCUGCAAUGCAUCUUUCACAGUUCUAAUUCUCCAAAAUAUUUGGUCUUUUUGACAGACCCUCUUUUGAAACUUUUUUCUAGUUCAAUCUGUCUCUCAACAAUGUCAUCUCUAUUCCAUGGCCUUCCUAAGUCAGCACACCUUAUCUCAGAGUUUGCACACACAUGUACAAGGCUGUGUGAGCUUUCAGUCAGGUUUUGAGAGCCCUUUACAAAUCAAUUUUUCACACACAAGUUCAUGGGACCUGAUGAGAUACAGUCACAGGUCCUGAGGGAACUGGGCUAAGCUGCUAUCCAUAUACUUGGGAAGUCAUGGCAGGCUGGGGAAGUUCCCACUGAUUGAAAAAGGGGAAAAUAGCCCACAUUUGCUAUCAAAAACGGUAUUGAGGGAGGUGAUUUUACCCUCCCACUCUGCUCUCAGGAGAUCCCAACUGGAAAGUUGCAUUCAGCUCUGGGGUUCCCAACACAAGAUAGAUGUUGAUAUUUUGGAGUGAGUCCAGAGCAGGGUCAUGAAGAUGAUCAGAAGUGUGGAGCACCUCUGCUGUGAGGAAAGGCUGAGAGGAUGGGAGCUGUUCAGCCUGGAGAAGAAAAGGCCCCAGGGAGGACCUUACAGAACCUUCCAGUA